AUGUUAUUCAUAUGGCCACUCACAAUUCUUCUCCUAUCACAGAAAAUCAACCGCGGAAAAUGCACUGAUCUUCAAAAAGAACGUUCUGUGGCUGGACCGGAUGACAAUCCAAAACGAGAUUUCGACAAGUUGGACCUUGAUUCUGGUACUGCAGACGAUGCGUUUUACGAGGAGUGGGAUGAUGUUAUGAGGAACUUUCAUCCAAAGGCGUAUUUAAGCGUAGUAGUCUCUGGAAGAAAUAUCGAGACCUUUUAUGAAUUGGUGGAGAAACCUAUGACACUUAUAAGGGGGAUUUUUUAUACAUUAGAAGAAGAGGGGAAUGAAUUUGAAAUAGGAUUGAUCAUUAAAUCGCCUAAAGGUGAUAUACUAUACAAUAAAAUGGCCUCGGAGGGCAUUUUCAGUAUAACAGCAACUAUACCGGGGGAAUAUGUGUUUGAGUUAUCUAAUUUAAAUUGGAUGACAGAAGUGCCUGCAACCUUUAUAAUAGGCACAGAUGACCACGGACUACUUUUAUCUGAACACAUUGAAAAUACGUCUAAUAAUUUGUCAAGAUUAAAAUCUAGCAUCGACGGCAUUUACAGUCAGUAUCACUACUUAUGGUACCGUGGGCAAAAACAAGUGGCAGCAGCUAUUGCGGAACAGAAGAAACUCAUGAUAUAUGCUAUUGUUCAGCUGAUACUAAUCUUCACUUGCUCCUUCAUAGGCAUAUGGAAUAUAAAGAAGAUGGUAUCGAGUACCCGCACUCUUUAA